AACCCUAGUUAGCUUAUUAAUACGUCACACCUCUUCUAUAAAUUAAAGCUUUGUCUUGUCAUCUCAAAUCACACAAGUCUCUCUCUCUCACUUAUCGAAACCCUAAUUUCUCUCUUUUUUUUAUUAUUCAAAACAAUGGCUGAAGUUGAGUACCGGUGCUUCGUCGGCGGUCUUGCCUGGGCCACCGGAGAUCAGGAUCUUCAGAGGACGUUCGAGCAAUUCGGCGAAGUUAUCGAUUCUAAGAUCAUUAACGAUCGUGAGACUGGAAGAUCAAGGGGAUUCGGAUUCGUCACUUUCAAGGAUGAGAAAUCCAUGAGGGAUGCGAUUGAAGAGAUGAACGGAAAAGAACUCGAUGGCCGUAACAUCACCGUGAAUGAAGCUCAGUCGAGAGGAAGCGGCGGUGGUGGAGGAGGCCGUGGUAACGGUGGUGGUUACCGUAGCGGCGGUGGAGGUUACGGAUCUGGUGGCGGAGGAGGUUACGGAUCUGGUGGCGGAGGAGGCGGUGGAUACGAGAGACGUUCUGGUGGUUACGGAGGAAGCGGUGGCGGCGGUGGCCGAGGUGGAUACAAUGGUGGUCGCCGUGAAGGUGGUGGCGGUUACGGAGGAGGUGAUGGUGGCUACGGAGGAAGCGUUGGUGGUGGCUGGUAAUCGAAGAUAGUGUGGUUUGGUGCUGCUCUGUGUUUGGUUUAGAUUUGGUUUCUGUGUCAUCCCCUUUGGCUUGGUUUGAUUCUGGUUUGUUUGGUUUACUUUUUUGAUGAAAACGUAUCGUUUAAGAAGUCGUCUUUGUCUCGAACGGAAUGUUAAAUUCGCGUGUUGUUCACUACAAUUAUAAAGUUUCCCCUAAAGCCAGACUUGAUAUUUUUUCA